UGCUUUAAGUUAAGAAUAAAUUUAACAAAAAGACUUUCAAUAGCAGAAGAAAAAUAAAUGAAUUUAUUUCGUAUAGAGAAUGCAGACGAUUUUUUUCCUCAAGCAUUAAUUAUUUAGUUCUUAAGCAUAUUUUGUUCUGAGAUUUUAAUGUUUGAAAAAUGGAUUACGAAGAAAGUAUCCAGAAAAAAAUUCAAGAGUUCUUCAGCGCAAAAGAAUGGCAAGCACUGAGUAAUUAUGAAAAAACAAGAUAUACUAAUCAGUGUCGAAAUUACGAGGUUCUCUUAUCAACAGGUCUGAAAGUAAAGCCACCGUCUUUUAUGAACCAAAAAAAGAAAUCAGAUCAUGGAAGUAAAUGGCAGAAUUCCAAAACGGAAAUAUUAGAUAAGAUACCCAAAAUGCCUAAAAUUAAACCUUUUGCAGUCCCUAAUGAGUCUGCGAGAAAGAAGAAAUCGACAUCUCAAGAUAAAAUAAGCAUGAAAAAUAAAACUUCGAGCAGAGAAAUAGUAUUGCCGCAACAGGCAAAGAAUAUGGAUUAUAAAAGUAUUGCAGAUAUCCUUCUCAGUCGAGCAGAAGUGUAUUUUCGAAAGCUGGAAAGCUUUUUGAUGAUCGAAAAUGACGCUAAUCCAGAAGUGGAAUUGAUAGAAUCCGCACCAGUAAAACGUUAUCCGAAACGUAAUAUCCCUAGAAAAAUUUACACAGAGGAAGAUAUCUCCAGCGAUGAUGAUUACCUGUAUUGUAAAGACUGCAAUUUAGAGCACAAAGGAGCUUGCCCCACUCAUGGGCCCAUGCUGUUGGUUUGCGACCAAAAGGUAGCAAAGGGUUUACGAAACAAAGCACUGGGUUCCACUCCAUGCUUUUUGUCAAUAGGGAAAUCAUCCUUACCAAAAGCUGGAUUAGGUGUAUGGACAGAAAUUCCUCUUCCGAAAGGAAUGGUUUUCGGUCCCUAUAAAGGAACUAUCGUGCGAAAACGAGAGGAAGCCAGUAAAAGCGGAUAUGCUUGUCAGGUAUGGAAAGGCGGGAAAGCUCAUCAUUAUAUCGAGGGUUUCGAUGAAUCCUCCUCCAGCUGGUUGCGCUUCGUGAACUGUGCAGAUAUUAAAGAAAGACAGUCUCUCACAGCAUUCGAAUAUAAAAAGAUGAUUUAUUACAAGACUUACAAAUACGUGUUACCUUAUACAGAGCUUCUUGUGUGGUACGGAGACCAGUUUGCUCGUGAUUUGGGUAUCGACACAAAGAAAUGUGUUCCAGAUGACGUUGCUGAGGAAGUGGACGGCUUCCAGUGCGAUGUUUGCCAAGCUCUCUUUUCGGAGGAAGACAGCAUGCUGAGACACAGAAAGCGUCAUCCGCAUAUGGUUGCGGACAGGAGACAUAAAUGUCACUUCUGCACAUAUUCCAGUAUGAAAGUCAAGUAGUCUGAAGCUUCAUCUGCUGACUCACCUGGGAGAAAAGCCUCACCAGUGCAAGCUCUGCGAAAAGAGUUUUACGCAAGCCCUCCAUAUGCGCAGGCACAUGAGAACGCACACCGGAGAGAAACCGUUCGUCUGCGACGUCUGCAGCCAAGCAUUCGCGCAAAGAAGCCACUUGAACAGACACAGGAAUAUUCACAGCGACAAGAGGCCUUACCGAUGCUCCGAAUGCGGAAAGAAUUUCGCUAGUCAAAGCAACGUCUGGUCACAUCAGAGGACACACACCGGACAGAAACCCUACCGAUGUACGCAAUGCGAAUACAGAUGUGCUCAUUCUAGCUAUCUCCGUAAACAUGUGAUAAGUUGUCACACGAGGGACUUUCCCCACACGUGUUCCUACUGCGGGAAAGGAUUCCUGAAUCCAAGUCAGGUAAAGCAACAUAACGAGCAGAAACAUUUCGGACCGUCGUCUUCUACGUUGAGCGUGGACAGGACUGUAUGAUAGCUUUUCUCCGGAUUUCACGUGUGUUUCCCGGAGAGAGGGGGACAAUUUGCAACUCGGCCGCUGUCAUCCUGCAUGCUAUUGGAUGACACGUCGGCAAGCUUUGUUGUAAAAUAAAUGAACGAAACGGGAGUUUUCAAAACUGAAUUUGUUCAUUGUAUUACACGAAUUUGGUUAUAUUUUCUUACUGACCGCAAUCAAAUGCUCUGUCAUCACUCAUACUCUCAAAAAACAAGAUAAUA